AUGUGCCACAGAAUGUCACGGAAUAUGUUUGACGCUGCGACCACAUGCAUGUGGACCCUCCCAGUUACCUUGGGGCGCUGCACCAGGCCGCGCGCCCCGUCAUCCACUGCCGCGCCGCGCGCCGCCGUGCCCGUGCUACACGCAGGCGCGGGGCCCGUCGGCAUCCCUGCCUGUCUGGCGGCUAAGCGCAGAGACGCGCGCACCCGCGGGCACAUGCGCCGGUGCGGCUCGCGCAGCCUCGGAAGCGCCCAGGCAAGCCUGCGUACGCGCUACGCAUCCGCGCGCGCAGACAUUGUGCGGCCGCAUGACUUGCAACGGCCGCGCGCUGCGGGCCCGCAGGGCCCCGCGCAGCCGCAGCCGCCCGCAUGUGCGCGAGGCUCUUUCCGCGUGUCGCGCGGCGGGGUCCGCGGUCCGGGCGCGCACAACAGCCCCUACAGCUCAGCAUUCUAG